GGUUGGGUGGAAGACUGGAAGAGGCGACGGCACGAAAUCUUCCAGAAGGAAGGUAAAGAUAUAAAAAAAAAUAGGAAUAUAUGGCGGCGUCAUCAUCCACGUCAUUGUCGUCGGCGGGAACGACGAGCUCGACGGGGUCGCCAUGCGCGGCGUGCAAGUUCCUGCGGCGGAAGUGUCAGGCGGAGUGUGUGUUCGCGCCGUACUUCCCGCCGGACCAGCCGCACAAGUUCGCGAGCGUGCACAAGGUGUUCGGGGCGAGCAACGUGACGAAGCUGCUGAACGAGCUGCCGCCGCACCAGCGGGAGGACGCCGUCAACUCCCUCGCCUACGAGGCCGACAUGCGCCUCCGCGACCCCGUCUACGGCUGCGUCGGCGUCAUCUCCCUCCUCCAGCACCAGCUCCGCCAGCUCCAGCUCGACCUCUCCUCCGCCAAAUCCCAGCUCUCCAACCUCCACCACCACCACACCCUCAUCGGCGGCGGCGGCGCAAGGGAGAACCACCACCACCACCAGUUCCUCUUCCCCGUGAUGAGAGAGAAUCAUACCACUAUUAAUUAUCAUCGUCAACUGCAACAACCCUCCUCCACCUGCUUCAUCAAUAACUGCGACCCCGGCGCCCUUCUCGCCAUGAACAUGAACUCCGCCGGUAUUGGGCCGUUGGGUCAGUUUCAGCCGCCUCAGGCCGCCGGUGCCGACGGCCGACGAACUCCCGUGGACCCAUCUUAAUUACUUUGUAUACACUCCGCAUCAUUAUAAACCACCUCUAUUUCACAAUAUUAUGUAGUCCUAAUUUUUUGGGAGGAAUUUACUUAAAUAGCACUAAAACACAAUGACUUUCCCUAAAUAGCACAGUACCACGUGUUUUUUUCCUAAUGUAGCAUUUUUAGUCAUUAUGCAUUAGUCAUUAUUCAAGCAAAUAUUCGUCAUCACUCGACAUUAUGGACAUUAUUAAGUACUAUUUAGGAAAUAAAAUAAUUUAAGUGCUAUUUA